GACCCCCCCCCCCCCUUCUCUCUUUCUGCCUUCUUUAUCCUAGAAGGCGGUCACUCCUUCUGGAUCUCUCCUCUGCUCCUGUCCGGAGAAACUUCUGGAGGUCCGACCAGGGCAUUAACACCAGGAGAGGUUGGAGGAAGUGAAUCUGAACCAGAGUCAAAUACACAGGGACCGCAGAGAGACGAGGAAGAAACCAACAGGCCAACAUGGCUCUGCUGUGCUACAACAAAGGCUGUGGACAGGAGUAUGACGCUGACAAGAACAAGGAAGAUUCCUGCCUCUUCCAUCCGGGAGUCCCCAUCUUCCACGAUGCUCUGAAGGGUUGGUCCUGCUGUAAGAAAAGGACGACAGACUUCUCAGAGUUUCUCUCCAUCAAGGGCUGCACCGUCGGGCGCCACAGCAACGAGAAGCCCCAGGAGCCUCUGCGGCCGGAGGUGACUUCAGAUAAGGGGGAGAUUAAACACACCAACGGCCAAGAGAUAAUCUACCAGGGACCCAAAUCUGCAGAGAAACUGCAGAGAGAGAGACCCAGUUCAGACGAGCCCAUGACCAAGCUGCACCAGAAAGUGUCUGCAUCCCUGGCUCAGGCGCUGGAGAAACUGGAGAUCAGUAAGAGGAGUGAGAAAGAGCAGAAAGAGACUCAGACUGUGAUGCAAGGCACAAGAUGCAAGAACACAGGAUGCAAAACAGUCUAUCAAGGCCCGGAGACGGACUUGGAGGUCUGCACCCACCACCCUGGUGCACCCGUCUUCCACGAGGGGUACAAGUACUGGAGCUGCUGCUGCAUAAAAACGAUAGACUUCAACGCUUUCCUCGACCAGAAGGGCUGCAGCACAGGGAAACACCGCUGGGUCCCAAAACAGGACAAGAAGAAGGUGGCGUGUCGACAUGAUUGGCACCAGACUGGAAAUAACGUCGUCGUAACGAUUUACGCCAAGAACGCAAACCCCGAGUCUUCCUGCAUAGAGGCCAACCGGACAGUGCUCUCGUGUCAAAUCCAGUUCGAGAACGAUAAGGUUUUCAAGAGGGACUUCCACCUGUGGGGGGUGAUCAGUGUCAAACAGAGCUCGGUCAACAUGGUCCCGUCCAAAGUGGAGAUCUCCCUGCGUAAGGCCGACCAGGUUGCCUGGGGCAAACUGGAGGACCCCAACCACAAACCGGAGCCCGAGCCCGUAGAGGACUCCUUCCCUGAAGCCAAGGAGUCUUACCAGCCCAACUCGGACAUCGACGACGACGACAUCAGUGACUCCGAUGAGGAGUGGGCCUAUGACGUGCCGCAGAAUAAAACGCAGGAUAAGGACAGAGAUGAGCAGGAGAAGAAAGCGGAAGAGAUGCAGAAUUUACAGAGGAAGGAGUUGGAGGAGGAAAUGAAGAGGGCGAUGGAGGAGAGGAGGAAGGCGGAGGAGGAGAAGAGGAUGCAGGAGGAAGCUGAAGGAUACGAAGACAUGCCCGAUCUCGAGUGACUCCUGAAAAAUGAAAAAUGAAAAAUGCUGAUCAGGUCUGAUUUGCCUUAGCAGGGUAGAAAAAAAAAAAUAAUUGAAACUGAUUUUUUAAUUUUGAGGAAAAUCAAAUGUUUAUUUUGGAAAUAAUUAGAUUCCAACUCCAUGUUUCAUAGCUUAAAAGAAAAAUCCACAUUAAUUGUGGUACUUUGCAGGUCAUUCGAGAGGAAUUUAAGAGGCUGAUUCUCUGGAAGCAGUUAGUAACAAGUUACUUACAUCACUGGUUGACAGACACACUGGAUCCUUUAUAUUUUGUUUAAUUCUAGUGCUAGAGAAGGGAUGUCUUUCUCCUAAAAUGUGAAUAUAUUCAGACACAACUGGCUGCAACUUCAAAACAAGAAAUAAAAAGACUUUCCUA